GGGGAGUUUGAAGCAGCAGCAACAGCUGGAAGGAGGCAGGUGAUAUUCCUGGGAAAUGGAAGCUCAAGGGAUUGCCCGAGGUGCCCCUACGCACUCUCCCAAGGACGGCCCCGGCAAGCCCGCCGUGCCCCAGAAGAACGCUUACGCCCGGCUGGUGCAGAAACACCACAGCGGGAGGUUCCGGUCCUACCUGCACCACAUCGCCCAGAAGCUUCAGCUGGAAGAGGACGCCCUCAACGACUCGGGCUCGGAGGCCGAGGCCGCCUUGAAGAGCGGCCUGGUGAGGGAGGCCCUGUCGCGAAACGGGGUGCUGGGCCCCGGCAGCCGCUCACCCGCCGGGGCCCCGCAGCCGGGACCCGCGCAUCCGAGCGAGAGCCGAGAGCCGAGCCUUCCCCGGAGGAAAAGAGAUCCCGGCCCUGGCAGAGGAGAGGAGGAUGAGGUAGUGGAAGAAGAGGUUCUCGCUCCUAAUCGGCGUGGCGAUGCAGCUGUCCCAUCCAGCGCCAGGCAGGUACCGGGCAGCCAAGGGAGGUCUCCCAGACCGGACUUCUCUCCGCACAAAACCGCCAGCUUUGAAGAGAGGGACAGAGAAGAGGCACGGAGGAGCAGUCGGGAGGGCCACGCCGUCCCGGGCAGAGCAGAGAGCUUCGCCUCGCCGGGGACGUUCGGCUCGGAUCCGCCCGCCGCGAACACCAGGAAGGGCAGUCACUUGUCUCCCGGCCGGACCCAGGGAGGAGACAACAGGCGAGGCAUAGCGAGGACCAGGAACCACUCUGAAUCGGCCAGAGCCGCUCCCCAUGUGGACCGGAGGCGCCAGCUCUCUGAAUCCCAGGCAGAUACGAUGAACAGCUCAGACUGCAGGGCGACCCUCAGGCAGCUGGGGACUCCCAGAGGAGGUCCUCAUGCUACUGGUUCAACCCCCGGGGACAGGAAGAACCGGAAUAAGGCAAGUCGAGGCAGGAAGAAGGUGUUUGAAGCCUACAUGUCAAAGGAGGAGGUCUCGGCAGGCCUGAAAAGGAAGCAGCUGAUCCAGGGACCCUUGAGAAUAAACCCCAAGAAGUACCACGAGGCCUUCAUUCCAUCUCCAGACGGCAUCCGGGAUAUCUUCAUUGACGGCGUUGUUGCUCGCAACAGAGCUCUGAAUGGGGACAUUGUGGCGGUGAAGCUGCUUCCGAAGGACCAGUGGAAGGUAAUCAAGCCUGAGGGUGGUGACCACGAAGCAGAAGCCGCUCAAGAAUCAGAUGCCCCCAGGAAUCCACCCGGUGCCUCCGUUGUGAACAACCCAGCCAAAGGGGAUGCUGACAGCCCGGACGUCAUCAUAGAAGCCCAGGUGGACGACGACAACGACGACGUUGAGAGCUCAAGAGAGGCAAAGGAUCUCCAGCGGUUGUCUCUGGGAGCUGGCGAAAAGGGGCGAGACCCAGAAGGUUGCAGCGGCCACCACGCAAAACAGGAAGACUCCCCCAAGGCGAAUGAUCCAGAGCAGGUCCUUCAAAAGACGGGAAAGGUGGUCUACAUCUUGGAGAAGAAGCACUCUAGGGCAGCGAUGGGCUCCCUCCGCCUCUUGACCGACCGCAACAGCGAACUCUUCAAGAAGUGUGCCAUGUUCUCACCCGUGGACCACCGGUUGCCGCGUGCCUACGUGUCCUUGGCCGACUGCCCACCAGACCUCGCCUCCAGACCCGAGGACUACUCCAGCACCCUGUUCAUCUGCCAUAUCGUGGACUGGAGGGAAGACAGCAAUUUCGCCCUUGGGCAAUUGGCCCAGAGCCUCGGCCAGGCUGGGGAAGUCGAGCCAGAGACGGAAGGCAUCCUGACGGAAUACGGUGUGGAUUUCUCGGACUUCUCCCCGGAGGUCUUGCAGUGCCUGCCCCAGAGCCUGCCUUGGGUUAUCCCGCUGGAAGAGCUCGCCAAAAGACGAGACUUAAGGGAGGAAUGCAUCUUCACCAUCGAUCCGUCAACUGCCAGAGACCUCGAUGAUGCCUUGUCCUGCAAGCUGCUUCCUGAUGGUAAUUUCGAAGUCGGAGUGCACAUCGCCGACGUCAGCUAUUUUGUGCCGGAAGGAACGGCACUGGAUAACGUCGCCAGCAAGAGAGCAACAAGCGUCUACCUGGUGCAGAAGGUGGUCCCCAUGUUACCCAGACUGCUCUGUGAAGAGCUGUGCAGCCUCAACCCCAUGGCCGACAGGCUCAGUUUCUCCGUCAUCUGGAAGCUGACUCCGGAAGGCAAGAUCCUCGACGAGUGGUUUGGGCGGACGGUGAUCCGCUCCUGCGCCAAGCUGAGCUACGACCACGCCCAGAGCAUGAUCGAGAACCCUGGGAAAGCGUUUACGGCGGAGGAGCUCCCCCCCAUGUCUCCCCAGCACUCGAUCGGCAAUGUCCACCGGGCGGUCCUGAACCUCCACCGGAUUGCCAAGCAGUUGCGCAAGCAGCGCUUCGUCGAGGGCGCUCUCCGCUUGGACCAGCUGAAACUCUCGUUUACUUUGGACAAGGAGAGCGGGAUGCCGCAGAGCUGCUACGUCUAUCAGUACCGGGACAGCAACAAGCUGGUGGAAGAGUUUAUGCUUUUGGCCAACAUGGCCGUGGCCCACCAAAUCUACCGCUCCUUCCCAGCCCGGGCCCUCCUGCGGCGCCACCCGCCGCCCCUGACCAAGAUCAUGAACGACCUCUCAGAGUUCUGUAGCCAGAUGGGCCUGGAGAUCGACUUCAGCAGCGCCGGGGCUUUGCAUAAAAGCCUGAGUGAAACUUUCGGGACCGGCAGAUACGCCGAAGCCAAGAAGUCUGUGCUGACCAACAUGUUCUCCAGGCCCAUGCAGAUGGCCGUCUACUUCUGCACGGGGGUGCUAGAGGACGAGGCCCUUUUCCACCACUACGCCCUGAACGUUCCCCUGUACACCCACUUCACCUCGCCCAUCCGCCGCUUCCCGGACAUCCUGGUGCAUCGACUGCUCUCCGCUUCUCUCGGCGCCGGCCCUGCCCCGAGGAUGAAUUGCAAGGAGACCCAGAAGCAAGCGGAUCACUGCAAUGACCGGAAGACGGCCUCCAAGCGGGUGCAGGAGCUGAGCGCCGAUCUCUUCUUUGCCAUCUUUGUAAAGGAGCACGGCCCCUUGGAGUCAGAAGCCAUGGUGAUGGGCGUCCUCAGCGAAGCCUUUGACGUCCUGGUGUUGAAGUACGGCGUCCAGAAGCGCAUCUACUGUAACGCUUUGCCGCUGGUGGGAUUCCGUUUCCAGAAGGUGGGCAAGAAGCCGCAGCUGAGCCUGAUCUGGGAGCCGGAGAACCCUGAGCAGGAGGCUCCGGAACAGGAAAUCGCCAUUUUCACCUUGGUGGAGGUCGUGCUGAAGUCGGACGGGAGCCCCCUGAAGUACAGCGCGGUGCUGAAGAGGCCCAGCGAGGCGGAGAGCGGCGCCUCCUGAGGGACCCCGGCCCUCCCCGGCCGUCUCUGCCAAAGCCGCCGUGAGCCACAUCCCGCAAAGACUCUCUCGAAACAGUCAGCCCCGCGGGCCUUCGGUUUUACAGGGUCGGUGGGUUUUCAUUUUACUGAUGGGUUGGUUUUUUUUAACCCCGACGGGGCAUCUGUGGAAACUGCAGGAACUCUUUUGGCUUCAUUUGGGGGGCGAUUUUUUUAACACCCUCUUCUCACCCCGGCCCCCAACGCUACCAACGAGGCGAUUCAGGGCAUCCCGGUCCAAACAGCAACCUCGGGGGAGCCCCGCAUUUUGUGCGUGUCGCCGACUGCGGGGUCCCGGCAGAGCGUCCGCCGAGACCGUCCGUCCCUGCCGCGUUCUCUUCCGCGCCGUAAUAAAAAAAAAGUGGCCG